CCCACACCCUCGAUGCCCUCUUUUCUAGCGGGCAAUAAACUCGUGAAAUCUCUCAUAAGUUGUAAUAUUUUAACGUAGUCGCCUUCAAGACCUCAUUCAUUCCCUUAGUAGUCACUGAAUACGCUUGUGCAGGCACCUCAGGGAGGGAACGCCUAGGACGCUCUGAGAAUUCUGAAUUCGCUCUUCCGGCUGCCACCCCCUAGGCCCUUCUAGAACAGAGAAUUUGGAUUCCGACGGGCACAGCCGGAGUCCGCGGAGUCCAGCCUAGGCACCUGAUGCCGUCUGGCCGGCAGCCUCCCGAGCUUGGACUGGACCCCAGAGCCUGCUGGCCUGCUGGACACCGGCGCGAAGCAGCAGAAGGGGGAGCCCAGGCGGGGCCCGGAGUGGACGGGGUGUGGGCGGAGCCUAGCUGGGGCGGCUUAGGCAUUGGCUCCGUGGGCCAGGGGCGGGGAUUCAGGGGCCAAGGGCUGCACUGUAAGUUCACAGCUGGGUUCGGCUCCCACCGCUGUGCGGUCCAGCUCCGGAGCUUUUGCCGCCCGCGGGUCAGCUGCUUAAGCGUUUCAAGCUCCUCAGCCCCAGCCCGGGGAGAGACACUCGGAAGGGCAAGACCAGAGAGCACUGCUGCGUAGGCGAUCACCUUUCUGCUUCCAGUUUUCAGAAGAAUUUUCAACCCUUCUGGAAAAGAGUGAUUUUUAUUAUCUCAACCCUCCAACUUCAUCGAUAGUUAAUCUUUCUUUUUCUAAUUCCUUGAGCCAACUUUGGUCCUACUUUUAGCCCUUUGGCAAGUUUAUGGUGUCUGGAGUUUUUGGUGUUUCUGAUUGAGUGGUGAGAGGCUGUGGUCUCGGCGAGUGGACUGUCCCCAGCCUCGGCAGCCAGGCCUGGGUGGUGAGGUCACGAUGUCCACCAAGGCACCCAUCUAUCUGAAGCGCGGCAGCCGCAAGGGCAAAAAGGAGAAGCUUCGAGACCUGCUGUCCUCGGACAUGAUCAGCCCACCGCUGGGGGACUUCCGCCACACCAUUCAUAUCGGCAGCGGUGGAGGCAGUGACAUGUUUGGUGACAUCUCCUUCCUGCAGGGCAAGUUCCACCUCCUGCCGGGGACAGCAGUCGAGGAACCUGAGGAGGAUGGCACCUUUGACCUCCCCUUCCAGUUUACCCGCACUGCCACACUGUGUGGGCGGGACCUCCCCGAAGGGCCGUCCCCUCUGCUCAAGAACGCCAUCUCCCUCCCAGUCAUCGGUGGGCCCCAGGCCCUCACCCUGCCCACAACCCAGGCCCCACCCAAACCCCCUCGCCUGCACCUGGAGACCCCUCAGGCCUCCCCACAGGAGGCAGGGAGUGUGGACAUCUGGAGAAUUCCAGAGACUGGCUCGGCCCGCAAUGGGCUGACCCCUGAGUCAGAAGCCGAGGAGCCCUUCCUGUCCCAUGCCAGCUCCCUGCUCUCCCUGCACGUGGACCUGGGGCCUUCCAUCCUGGACGACGUCCUCCAGAUCAUGGACCAAGACCAGUUGCCCACAUAGGCCCCUAGGUGGGCCAGUCUGGGCGCCCAGGCUGGGGUGAAUGUCGGAGGCAGGGGGUGGACACGACCCUGGCCUAGAAGUCGGGAUCCCAAGGUCCCGCCUGUGUGGUCACUGGCCAGCGAUUUCUCACUUUGAGCCUUUGUUUUCCUCCCACCCUCUCCCCAUGGGCAGAGUGCGCCUCAUCGUUUUUCCCUAAAGCCCACGGGGACACGUGCAGCACUCAGCCCACAGGACCCUGAGCAUCGUGGGCCACCUGGACCCCCACUGCCAAAUGCUCCUCCUUCCCUCACGUCCCUCAGAUGAAAGCUGUGCUGAAAUGGACUCCCCUUUCACCUCUCUUCUGCCUCCGCCCCCUCAGAGGCCCUGAUUGGGGGGUAGAGGAAGAGGCAGGGCACAGCCAGCCAGACUCUUGGUAUCGUGUCCUGGACUGGGAGCCUGGCAUCAGUGAUCAAUGGCCCUCUACCCCAUACCCUCCCACAUGACUCGGGUUCUGGUUGCAAUAAAACUUGCUGCUGCUCAUA